AACAAAGCGCGGCCUUCGGGCGGCGGCUGGGCUUGGCCAACGGGGCCCCGGGGUGCGGGGCCUGCGGGCGGCGGCCCGGGCGGAGCGUUGGAGGGAAGGAGGCGGCAUCGCCGUUCGCGCCGGCCCAGCUAUGAACGGGCUGCCCUCCGCCGAGGCGCCGGGUGGCACGGGCUGCACCCUGGCCGGGCUCCCGCCGCUGCCGCGCGGCCUCAGUGGCCUCCUUAACGCGAGCGGGGGCUCGUGGCGGGAGCUGGAGCGCGUCUACAGCCAGCGCAGCCGCAUCCACGAUGAGUUGAGCCGCGCCGCCCGCGCCCCGGACGGGACCCGCCACGCGGCCAGCGCAGGACCCGCUGUCGGCCCACGUCGUCCUGUUAACCUCGACUCGGCGCUAGCCGCGCUGCGCAAGGAGAUGGUGGGGCUGCGGCAGUUGGACAUGUCCCUGCUGUGCCAGCUGUGGGGCCUAUAUGAGUCAAUCCAGGACUACAAACACCUGUGCCAAGACCUGAGCUUAUGCCAGGACCUGUCAUCCUCCCUGCACUCGGACAGCUCCUACCCACCUGAUGCCGGCCUAUCUGAUGAUGAGGAGCCUCCUGAUGCCAGCCUGCCCCCUGACCCACCACCCCUUACUGUACCCCAGACGCACAAUGCCCGUGACCAGUGGCUGCAGGAUGCCUUUCACAUCAGCCUCUGAAGAGCUGGGGGGUGGGUGGCAUGUAUCCAUGCAAAAGGCUCAGAAGCUCACUCGUCACAAGUCCUCAGACUGCAGUGCCUGCUCUCCCCCAUACCGCCUCACCUCAUAGGAGGGCAAGGCCUGUGCCACCUCAGAGGCAAAACUGCCAACCCCUCUCUUUCCUGUCUUGGGUUAGCUGGCACUGGGGCUGGUACCUAGGUUAUAGCCUCUGCCCAUGGCACUGGGCCUCCACUUCUCCCACACGUGUGUCCCCAGCUUGGCCAACCCUCAUUUUGGCGAUGGGGGGCUCACCCAAAGCAUCUUACUCUCCCCGUAGCGUCUCUGGGAUUGGGAUGAGUGCCUGGCUCCUAUCUCCUAGCCUUUUGUUGCUUCUGGCAGCUGCUGGCUCAGGCGCAUCCCAGCUCUGAUCUCUGGAUUCCACUCCCCUGGACAAGGGCUCCAGGACCCGUCCUUGCACCUCCCCACGGCCAGGAGAGCCACAGGCUCCAUGCUGGAUAUUUAAGUUUAGGGGCCAGCCUCCUAGAUAAAUAAAUACUCUCUCCGCGUU